CCUGCACUUAACAGUUAGUUUAUCUCCCUCAUAAACCCAUUAUCUAUAUAGUCUCACUCAUUUCAGUCUUCUCUGCAGUAUCAACCACACCAUCUUUUUCUCUCUCUUUUCCACUGGGCCAGGAAUUUGGAGUGUCUGUUUGGUAAAUAAAGCAACACAACUUGGUGAAAGUGAAAAUGAAAAUGAAUUAUAACAUCAUGUUUUUUAUGCUCAGCAGCACACUAGUGCUUCUGUGUUCUACAUCAGCAUUUGCAAAAACUGUUGGAUCUCCAGCUCUAACUUCAACCCCGGCUCCAGCACCUGCACCAGAUUUCGUAAACCUCACAGAGUUGCUCACUGUCGCUGGCCCAUUUGAGACCUUCCUUAAGUACCUUGAGUCGACCAAAGUCAUUGAGACCUUCCAAAACCAGGCCAACAAUACUGAGGAAGGAAUCACCAUCUUUGUACCAAAAGAUGAUGCAUUUUCGUCACUUAAAAAUCCCACUCUCUCCAACCUCACUGCAGACCAGCUCAAGUCACUCUGCCUUUUCCAUGCCUUGCCACAGUACUACACACUAGCAGACUUCACAAACCUCAGCCAAAGGAGCCCUGUUACCACACUUGCUGGUGGUCAAUACACUUUGAAUUUUACUGAUGUGUUUGGGACUGUGCGCGUCGGUACAGGAUGGACAAACACGAAAGUAAGUAGUAGUGUGCAUUCGACUGAUCCCGUUGCAGUUUAUCAGGUUGAUAAGGUUCUUCUUCCGGUAGCAAUCUUUGGCACCGAUAUACCUCCAACCCCAGCUCCAACGCCAUCUCCUGACAUUGCCCCAGUUGCUGAUGCUCCAUUGGCAAAAGGUGGAAGUGGCUCAUCUGCAACAUCUCCACAGCCAUCGAGUUCUUUCAGGAUCAUCAGCUUGGGCAUUCUGAAUCACCUAGCUUUGACAAUCGCAGGUGGACUGGUCUUGUUCUUGUAAGGGAGAAUUUGUUGAGCAUUUAAUUUAUGUUGGGAUGGUACAUUGAUUCACAUUGCUUUGAUUAUUAGCCAUUUUUUUCAUCACUUAUGUUGUUGGUAGUUUCUGUUUCAAUUAAAAUGGCUUUGGUUGUUUCAUAUAUUUUGGCCUGAUAACCAUUUUUUGCUCAUUGUUCUUCUGACCUUGUCCUUGUGUUGGAAAUCUAACAUUGUUUGUAACGAGACAGGCCACUUUUGGCCUCUUUUAAUGGCAAACUAGGGUAACUUGUACCUGGAG